CUGGGGUUCUAAAAUUGAAUCAUCGAAAAGGAUCCGAUUCAAAAAUCCUGUUUUUUUAGCUUGAUAUUUUUUCUUGUUUCGAGCUGCAAUCUGAUAGCUUUAGCUUUGAUAUUUAUUCGCGCAAUCUGAAUGAUCUGUUAUGGAGCUUCUUCUGUUACUAUCGCUCUGAAUUUUCUGAUGCUAACUAACGUAGGUGAAUAUGGUGGAAGAGGGGAAGAUGGAAAUCAGCGGCAGGCAUUCUCGCCGGCCCUCGAAAAUUAGGGUUUGUGACAGGGAAGAAAGUUUUGAUCGGUUGAGUGAAUUACCUGAUGCGCUUCUUCUUUACAUACUUUCCUUCCUGUACGUUGAUGAUGCGAUUUCGACCGGUCUGUUGUCAAGAAGAUGGAGGAACUUAUGGAAAUGGAUGGAUUGCUUGGAUUUUCCUAUGCAGUGUGGUAAAUCGAAGAGGAAUUCGAUACGGUUCAUUGAGAGAGCACUUAGUUUACACGAGGGUUUAAAGAUCAAGAGAUUUUGUGCGCGGUUCUGCUAUAAUUCAAACUACAUACCUCGUGUUGAUUCUUGGGUGAGUUUUGCGGUUGCUCGAAAUGUCGAAAAGCUUGUUCUGGAUCUUUUCUGUGUGGAAAAUGGAGUGCAGCCUUAUGUGAUUCCUGGAAUUCUUUACAAAUGUAGGUCAUUGCGGGAGCUGGAAGUGAACUUUUGCAGAUUUGUUCCGCCGUCUUCUUUCAGCUUGAGCUCCCUUAAGAAGCUUGUGGUUAAUAACACUGUUUUUGUUGGCGAGAUGUUGAAGAUUCUGAUUUCUGGAUGCCCAGUUCUUGAAGAAUUGGUCUUGGUGAACUGCAACCAAGCUCGCAAUCUAGAUGUUGUGGUUUUGAACCGAAAUCUUAAGAGAAUGAAAAUUGUGGAGUUUCCUGAUGAGGUGGAGGAAGGUACUGAGGUGAAAAUUAAUGCUCCUUAUCUUUUGCAUUUGGAGCUGCAAUCUGGAGAUCCCAGGCCUUAUAUCAUACAGGAUGCCUCAUCAAUUGUGUCUGCCUGCCUCGAUAUAAGAAGAAUAGUUACAUGUUUGUCACUCAAUGCUUAUAAUCAGAAGAAUUCCAUGAGGAUAAUAGAGAAUAUCAUGGUAGGUCUUCAUGAAGUCAAGACCUUGAAGCUAUCUAGCUGGUGCGUUCAGGCUAUGCUCGCAUAUGAAGACGUUCAUACUUGCCUACCAACUACACUACAACAGCUAAGACAUCUAAAGCUGGAUGUGCAAUUAAGUAAAGAUGAACUCCCUGGUAUAGCCUGCUUGUUAAGGAACUCUCCUGAGAUAGAGAUCUUGACCAUCCAACUUUGUAGACACGCCCAUAUGGACAAGGACAUAAUUGAACCUAUGGAAAAUGGAAAUACAAACCUUUCUAAUUGGUGUGAAGGGAGCUUAUGGAAAUGUCAUCAAGCCCCUUUCUACAGCCUGAAGCAUAAUCUAAAGAAAGUUGUAGUGGGAAACUUUAAAGGAGAAGAAAACGAAAUUAGGUUCCUGGCAUUCCUGCUCAGGAACUCACUGGCCUUGAAGAAACUAGUAAUAUUGGUUCAACCGAUAUAUUUUACUGGUUCGGGUGAAGCAUACGUAGAUUAUUGCAGAAAAGUUGGAAGAGCUUCCAAGAAGUACCUUGAGAGUAUCAGAAAAUUGAUGGGUUCGCCAAGAUCUCCACAUACUGAGAUUCUGUUCUCUGGAAGCCAACCCACCUGUUUUUUCUAGUUCCUGACACCAAAACUAAAUUAUCCUCAAAAAUACUAGUUUGUAUAGUUAUCUAAUAACGACAACCACUAUAAAAAACCUGAAAAAUAACCAGUCCAUGUAAAUAUUACUUUGAUAUGACUGAGGAAACAGUAAAGCACAGCUGAGGAGCUGAACUGUUGCAAGUCUGCCUAUCUAUACAACUUUUUUGAUAUAUA